GUAUUGCCUGUUUCCGACUAUCCUUUUGCAUUCGACGCUUCUUUAAGAGCGGAUGGUCGAAGUAAUCCAAAUACAUCCUUGGUUUAAGAAAAUUGAGCCGCUUUCAAGAUGACUGAAACUUUACAAUUGAGGGGAACUCUUCGGGGGCACAAUGGCUCCGUUACUCAAAUCGCUACAAAUCCAAAAUAUCCGGAUAUGAUUUUAUCGUCCUCACGUGAUAAAACUUUAAUCGUAUGGAAAUUGACGCGCGACGACGCUAACUAUGGUAUUCCUCAAAAACGUCUCUAUGGUCAUUCCCACUUCAUCAGCGAUGUUGUAUUAUCUUCUGAUGGAAACUAUGCACUGUCUGGAUCGUGGGACAAAACUCUACGUCUGUGGGACUUGGCUGCAGGUCGGACAACACGGAGAUUUGAAGACCAUACCAAGGACGUCCUGAGUGUCGCCUUCUCUGUAGACAAUCGACAAAUUGUAUCUGGUUCUCGUGACAAAACUAUCAAGUUGUGGAAUACAUUGGCAGAAUGCAAGUAUACCAUACAAGAUGAGGGACAUACCGAUUGGGUCAGCUGUGUACGCUUUUCUCCAAAUCAUUCCAAUCCUAUUAUUGUUUCUGCAGGUUGGGAUUGUAUUGUUAAGGUAUGGAACUUGACAAACUGCAAACUUAAGAUUAAUCACAAUGGACAUUCUGGAUACCUUAAUACAGUCACCGUGUCUCCGGAUGGUUCGUUAUGUGCAUCUGGUGGAAAAGAUUGCAAAGCUAUGUUAUGGGAUUUGAAUGAUGGUAAACAUCUCCAUACUCUUGAUCAUAAUGAUAUCAUUACUGCACUUUGCUUUAGUCCUAAUCGCUACUGGCUGUGUGCUGCAUUUGGACCAUGGAUUAAGAUUUGGGAUCUUGAGACUAAAGAAAUGGUUGAAGAAUUGAAACCAGAAGUUGUAUCUGCAACCAGUAAAGCAGAACCACCUCAAUGUUUGUCUCUCGCUUGGUCCACGGACGGACAAACAUUAUUUGCUGGAUACUCUGAUAACACUAUUCGCGUGUGGCAAGUUUCUGUAUCUAGCCGCUAAUACUUUGUAAAAAAAGUAGAAAAAUAAAAAAAAGUAAACAUCAA